UCAUUAGCUUUUGGCAGCACAAACUGGAAGAAGUGUGAGAGCACUUGCUGUCAGAGGUGAAGGACAAGGUAGACCAUGUGUUCACAGUGAGAUCCCAGCAGCUGAAGUUUAAUUUGGUCCAGGUUAGUCUAGUGUUAGAAAGCUUUGGUUGAUUUUCUAACGGUGUAAGUGCUGACCAAGCCAUGGCCCUUCUUACCAACGGCGCACAGAAUCUGGGCUCCUACUACUGCCUGAUCCGACGCAGGUUCAAGAGGAGGCGCAAGAAACGCUCCGAACGCAAAGGUGCAGUGGGGGCGAGGCUGCUCUCAGGUCAGAACAAACCCAUCACAAUGGAUGUGGAUGAGGAGGAGAAUAUGAGUUCGAGCAGCACCGAUGUUAAGGAAAACCGAAACCUGGACAACGUGUCCUGCAAAGACGGUGUGGGAGUUGCUGAACAGCUCCCCAAUGGCAGUGGCUUGGGCAGUCGAAAGCGCCCCCUAGAAGAGGGGAACAAUGGACAUGCACACUCGAAGUUCCGGGCCAAGAAGCGCAAGAAAACACCAGGGCCAGUCCUGCCCAAGAAUGCUCUGAUGCAGUUGAACGAAAUCAAACCGGGUCUACAGUACAAACUGCUGUCUCAGACAGGACCAGUCCAUGCACCGGUUUUUGUCAUGACUGUGGAGGUCAAUGGACAGAUGUUUGAGGGCAUGGGCCCGACUAAGAAGAAGGCUAAACUAAAUGCAGCUGAGAAAGCACUGCGUUCUUUCGUCCAGUUCCCCAAUGCCUCUGAGGCACACCUGGCCAUGGGUCGCACAUUGACAGUGAACACAGACUUUACAUCUGACCAAGCUGACUUCCCAGAUAUGCUCUUCAAUGGCUUUGAGACACCAGCUGCACCUGAAGAAUCCUUCUAUUUAGGCUCUAAUGGUAACAGCUCCUUAAACUCACUAGGGGAGUACCCACUGCCCACACCACCUGGCAGCAACCUUGCCCAGGCCCCAUUGCCCCCUCCAUCAGCAUUCAGCUCGCCCUCCAGUGGCAAAAACCCAGUCAUGAUCCUCAAUGAGCUCAGGCCAGGCCUCAAAUAUGACUUUGUCUCAGAGAGCGGGGAGAGUCAUGCCAAGAAUUUUGUGAUGUCAGUAACAGUGGAUGCACAGACGUUUGAAGGCUCAGGGCGCAACAAGAAGCUGGCUAAAGCCCGGGCAGCACAGGCCGCCCUCUCAGCUCUCUUCAACAUGCAGCUAGACCAGACACCAUCCCGGCAACCCAUACCAAGAGAGGGAUUGCAGCUUCACCUACCCCAGGUUCUGGCAGAUGCCGUCUCUCGCCUGGUGGUGGAUAAGUUCAGUGAGCUGACAGACAACUUCACCUCCCCCCAUGCACGACGGAAAGUCCUAGCAGGGGUCGUCAUGACAACAGGGACAGAUGUGAAGGAAGCACAGGUUAUUUGUGUCUCCACGGGAACCAAAUGCAUCAACGGUGAGUACAUGAGCGACCGCGGUCUGGCACUCAAUGACUGCCACGCUGAGAUAAUCGCCCGACGCUCGCUCAUCAGGUACCUCUACACGCAGCUGGAGUUCUUCCUCAGCAACAACAAGGAGGACCACCAUAAGUCAAUAUUUGUGCAGUGUGAAAAGGGAGGCUACAGGUUAAAGGACAACGUUCAGUUCCAUCUCUACAUCAGCACCUCGCCCUGCGGAGAUGCCAGGAUCUUCUCUCCGCACGAGGCCGGAGUUGAAGACCAAGGAGACAGACAUCCCAACCGGAAAGCACGGGGACAGUUAAGGACCAAAAUUGAGUCGGGGGAGGGCACCAUCCCUGUAAGGUCCAGCAACACCAUCCAGACCUGGGACGGAGUGCUGCAGGGGGAGAGGUUACUCACUAUGUCCUGCAGUGACAAGAUCGCAAGGUGGAAUGUGGUGGGCAUUCAGGGCUCUUUGAUGAGCUACUUCACAGAGCCAAUCUACUUUUCCAGCAUCAUCCUUGGCAGCCUUUACCACGCCGACCACCUCUCCAGGGCCAUGUACCAACGUAUCGCAGAUAUCGAGGACCUGCCCCAGCAGUUCACCCUCAACAGGCCUCUACUCAGUGGUAUAAGUAAUGCAGAGGCCAGGCAGCCAGGCAAGGCACCCAACUUCAGCGUGAACUGGACGGUGGGUGACCAGGCGCUGGAGGUGAUCAAUGCAACCACAGGCAAGGACGACAUGGGUCGCGCUUCACGUCUCUGCAAGAACGCCCUCUACAGCCGCUGGGUGCGCCUACACUCCAAGCUUUCGUCCAUCUUGUGGAUCAAGAUGCUCAAGCCCAGCUCCUACCAUGAUGCCAAGCAGGCGGCCACAGAGUACCACUCUGCCAAGCAGGCGCUCAUCAAGGCCUUCCACAAGGCUGGCCUUGGGGCCUGGGUCAAAAAGCCCAUUGAGCAAGACCAAUUCACCCUCAGCUCCUGAGGGAGUCAAGGGACCAAGGGAUUCCUAACCCCCCCCCACUUCUUCCCCCCUUGACCCAGGCCUGAAAGCAAGAGAGAUCCCUAUUAACGACCAGCCCACAGAGACACUUACCUCCGUCCCAUGUGUCGGCACGUGCACUUUGUACUUGUGGAAAUAAACGUGCGUAGUGUCACAUCCGUAGCUCAUCAUUUUCAUUCCUCAGAGGACCUCAUGUCUUUUCUCAUCAUAUUGAUUUUUGUCCUUUUUAUUCUGAUUUUAAUGGAUGGUGUCUUCUCAUCUGCUUGUUUUCUGUUUUAAAACUGGAAUCAAUGGUUUUUACACCACUGAGUUGCUUAUGUUUGCAAGAGAAAUUGUGUUUUUACAUCUUACAUGUGGAAGUUGAAAUGAUACAGUUUUGUCUAUUUUCUUGAUCAUCGAGUGUAGCCAGUUUAGGGUGAAAUGUAGCCUAGAAACACAGGAUCUUUGUUAACUAAAACCAAUGUGUAUGGACCUAAAAAAAAAAAAAAAGAAGAUAUAUACUUGCUAAAAAUGAAUGCCUAUGACAAACUUUAAUUUAAAAGACGCAUAACUCUUCAGGAUGUAAAUCUAGUACUGAAAAGAAAGAGAACAUAAUAGUUAUAUAACAUUUAAUGUGUGGUAUUUGGUCCGUUCCUUAGAUGAGACUACAUGUUCAUAGACCCUGUAUUAAAGAUGAAAAUGUUACAAAAUGUGGUGGUCCCGUUUGUUUCACUGACUGGAAAGAAUACGGGCCAGGUGUCGCAGCAGUUUAGUACACUUUUGUUCGAUUUUUUUAUGUCUUGUUCAUUCAUGCAUAUUUUUUCUGUAAGUUAUUUUAUGUCACUCUCAUUCCAUACUUGAACUGUGGGGGGUGGGGGGUCAUGUUGAGAGCAUCACAGUCCCCCCCUCCCUCCCGACUCCUCCUCCCCUCGCCUGGGUCUCGGGACAAGCUUUGGGAGGUGCUGCACGUUGUAUUUUUCCUUGUUCUAAGCCAUGGCUUUGCAUGGGAACUGAAGUGGGAGGCCUACAGAGCAGAAAACACGUGGUGGAGAGCUUCCAUCAGUGAAUGAUUUUGAAUGAAUGCCAGCAUCUUCCUCCACAGGCAGCUUUGAAUCUUUGUCUCUAUUUUCUAUAUUUCUUGUGAUUGUUUGUGAGUUUGUUUUGAGGGGAGGGACAGGGACAGGCUUUUUGUUGUUGUUGUUGUUGUUUUUCUUAAGAUUGGGCAUUUGAGGAUUGGGGAUAAUACUGCAGUGGAAAUAGUGAUAGCAUAAACAGACCUCUCAGAUCUUGUAACUAUAUAACUUUGUGGCAGGGAUCCAUGAUAGCUGUCAGUUGAACUAUUAAUAGAAGGCAUGGUCUAUUUACUGUAGCGCCACAUACAGUAAGUUACGUUCACUGGAUGCCACAUUAUCCCGUCCUGUAGUGAUAGUCUGAAAUGCAAACAUGUUGUAAUCCCUCAAACAGACUCACAUGUUGUGUGCUAAUACCUGAGAAACUCUACCAGUAGGUUACAACCAAAUGUAUUACAGUUGUGAUGUCAUUUUUGUCAUCCUCUCUCCUUCAUCUGCAGAAAACACGUUAGUUGCGUAGUUCAAGACAACCUUUGUGAUCUGACCUGCAACCUUCACACCCUGAGUGCGUCAAUGUCCUCAUGUUUUCAAUUUGUAAAUGAGGAUGUAUUUCCAAGUAACUGCUGUGAAUUCCUCUUUUGUGUGUGUGUGUGUGUGUGUGUGUGUGUGUGUGUGUGUGUGUGUGUGUGUGUGUGUGUGUGUGUGCGUGUGUGUGUGUGCGUGUGUGUGUGCGCGUGCAGUCUAUGUGUGUCUUUAAGUAUACUCUGUGGAAUCUUCACCAAAGAUGAUGAUGUCCAUGUGUGUUUGUGCCCUUGCAAAUAUUUUUCUCUCACUUUUUUUUUUGUUUUUAUCAAACCUUUACUGUUUGUUUUUGUAUACCCACUGAACAAUGUUCGUCUGAUUUGUACUACAAGUGUGUAUUCCAUUCAGUAUGGGGGAAAUUGGAUUGUCCGGCUUCUUUAGUGCAUCUGUAGCUGUCGGUGGCCACGUGUAUAUUGUGACCUGCAAUCAUUAUCGCUGCAGUAUAGUAGUUCUGUGUAUAUAAGGAACAACGAAAAUAAUUUCUGUUCCCUGUACAAUCAGUUCAUCCCAUCCUAAAAACUGUUUGAACUCUUUCCCUGUUGCUGGGAUUGUGAAGAUGUUAAUGUUUCUAAAGUAAGUAUUAGUGGUUCUCUGUGACUCACUGGGCACCAUAAAGCAUGGCACUAACACUGCCGGGGUUAACAGGCUUCAUCCCCAUUGUAGCCACCAAUGUUUAUUAAAAAAAAUGCACUGUAAGGUGCCUCAGCUAAAAGUGGCAUCCACCAGCUGGCACGUGUGAUGUCAUAUAUGUACCCUUUUUUUUUUGUUUUGUUUUUUUUAUUCUAUUUGGUUGUUUUAUGAGUCCGUAUUAGAAAAGCAGGAAAAGGGGGUUCCAGCGUUGACUUGAAGGUACAAACCUUGAAAUUUGGUUAGAAAAAAUAAUCACAGAACACCCUCCCCCCCAGACCCAGACCCAGACCCAGACCCAGACCCAGACCCAGACCAAAGUCACAAGCAAUACUCCUGAUGUCUCCGUUAAUGUCACCCUAUCACAAACAGGAGUCUGAAUGAAGUUUCCCUCCCCCCACUGUCCUGUUCACUCUUUACCAAGCUGUCUGAAGGUUUUUUGUAUACCCCCCCUCCUGCCCUCCCUGAAGAGACUGCCUGCUUCUAGAGUUUUGUUUAUCUUUUGUCUGCACUAAAGAUGUCAACUAAUGAUGUCAUGAUAUAAAACCAUCCCCGUUUAUGGAUUGGAUGGCAACUAUCACAGCAAGAACUGAACUGCUUCUGCUUAACCCUUUGUGAAUCCUCGAUGAUGGUCAGUGCCCCCCUCCCUGCCCGUGCAGCUGCGUCUGUAGUGGGUUGUUUUUUUUUUCUUUCUAUUUUUUAUGGGGGGCGGGGGGGGUGACUCCAGAGUGGACAUUUCAGAGCCACCGCUCCCCGUUUUCCCUCUCUCCAGUUGUCCAAUGUGUGAAAAACCUCCACCAACAGAACCCACAACCUUGCAUGUACUACCAACACUGAAGCUGCACCUAGCAUGAUGAUAAACUUUUAAAGGACUCGAGUAAAAAAAAAAAACAGCUAAAGAUAGAUUAUAAAAUGAACUAAAAAGAAUAAAAGAGUUCUUAGUUUA